AUGCCGCGCGUGCCGCCGCUCCUCCCGCUGCUGCUGCUGUGGCUGCUGCCAACGCCGCUCCUCGGCCUCGGGCUCCGCGGCGCCACCAGCCGGCACCCGGAGUGCGCCCCGUGCCGGCCCGAGCUGUGCCCCGCGGCGCCCGUCCGCUGCCCCGCGCCCGGGAUCGCGACGCGCGACGAGUGCGGGUGCUGCGCGCGCUGCGUGGGCGCGGAGGGCGCCGGCUGCGGGGGGCGCGCGGGUGCGCGCUGCGCCCCGGGCCUAGUGUGCGCCAGCCGGGCCGUGGGGGCGGCGCCCGAGGGCACCGGGUUGUGCGUGUGCGCGCGGCGCGGGCCGGUCUGUGGCUCCGACGGCCGCUCCUACCCCAGCGUCUGCGCGCUGCGCUGGCACGCCCGGCUCGCGCCCCGCGGACGCCUCGGCCACCUGCACAAGGCGCGAGACGGCCCCUGCGAGUUCGCUCCUGUGGUCGUCAUGCCGCCCCAGAGUGUCCACAAUGUCACUGGGGCCCAAGUGCACCUGUCCUGUGAGGUGAAGGCUGUGCCCUCCCCAGUCAUCACAUGGAGGAAGGUCAUGCACUCCCCUGAGGGCACGGAGGUGUUGGAGGAGUUGCCUGGGGACCAUGCCAAUAUAGCUGUCCAGGUGCGUGGGGGCCCUGCGGACCAUGAGGCCACAGCCUGGAUUUUGAUCAACCCCCUGGGAAGGGAAGAUGAAGGCAUGUACCAGUGCCAUGCGGCCAAUGUGAUUGGGGAGACCCAGUCCCAUGGCACAGUGACAGUCCUUGAUCUGAGCAGAUACAGAAGCUCCCUAGUUCCAGCUGACCACCUGUGA